AUGAGUUCCUCCGCCGACGUGGCUGUGGACAACCGCUUGUAUGACAAGCUGCUCUCUCACCUGAGGCGUCUGGACCGGUAUCAGCUGGAGGAAUUCAAACUUGGCCUCCAGUCCCCACAGCUGCUGCCUGAGAGCUCCCAGAAGAUCCCCUGGGCCAACUUGAAGAUGGCGGACCCCACGGAUCUGCUGUGUCUGUUGAAGGAGAACUUCCCGGGAGAGCAGAUGUGGGAGGUGACCCUCCGCAUCUCUGAGGACAUGAAGCUGACUUCGCUCUGUGAGGAACUGAGAGCCCAGAUGAAUGUCCAUAGAGGAAGGUACCGAGUGAGGCUGAAGGCUCGGUUACUGGGGAUGUGGGACAAUAUCCCGUGGCCGGAAGACCACAUCUACCUUCGUAACUUCAGAGAGCAGGAGCAUGAAGAGCUGAGGCGUCUUCUGUACCCCAAGGGGUCGGGAGCCCAGCCCCGGACCAUCGUGUUGCAUGGUCCAGCAGGGGUUGGGAAGACCACCCUGGCGAUGAAGGUCGUGCUGCACUGGGCGGAGGGCUUGCUCUUCCAGCACAGCUUUGAGUACGUCUUCUAUAUCAGCUGCCACCACAUCAGAGACAUGGAAGACACCACCUUGGUUGGCCUGCUUUCCCGGGACUGGGCCGACUCUCAGAUCCCCAUCCAACACGCCAUGAAUCACCCCGAGAGGCUCCUGUUUGUCAUUGAUGGCUUUGAGGAGAUGACCUUGCCCUCCGAAGUGGACCACUGCCCGCCAUGUACAAACUGGGACCAGCGACUCCCGGCGGCCAGCAUCCUACUCCACCUGUUGAAGAAGGAACUCCUUCCCAUGGCCACCUUACUGGUCACCACCAGGGACGGUCUCAGCGAGGGCCUUAAACAACUGUUACUGCAUCCAUGGUGUCUACAAAUCACAGGGUUCACCGAGGGAGACCAGAAGGAAUAUUUCUUCAGGUACUUCAGGGACCGAAAGGAAGCCAAUAAAGUCACGCAGUGGGUCAGGAAGAACGAAGCUCUGUCCCAUGCCUGCUCUGCCCCCCUCGUGUGCUGGACCGUGUGUUCCUGCCUGAAGCGCCAGAUGGCCCGACGUCCUUCCUUCUGGCUGAACACCCAGACGACCACCAGUCUGUACGCCUACUUUUUCUCCAGCGUCUUCGAGACGGCGGAGGUGAGCUGGUCAAAGCAGUGCUGGUCAGAGCAGUGGCUGGCUCUCUGCUCUCUGGCUGCCCAUGGGAUGUGGUCUUCCAACUUCACGUUUGCCAAAGAGGACGUGGGGCAUGGGCGCCUGCGGGCACCCCUGAUCCGUUGUCUCCUCCAGCUGAACAUUCUCCGGAAGGUCAGUGACUGCGAGGACUGCCUGACCUUCACUCACCAAAGCUUCCAGGUGUUCCUGGGGGCCAUGUUCUACGUGCUCAGGGGAAAGGACGGAGCCGUUGGUGGCCUCUCGAAGCACCAAGAGAUGAGGGUGGUCCUGGAUGGUGCCUUGGUGGACGCAAACUCCUACUGGCACCAGACGGCGCUCUUCACCUUUGGUCUCUUGAACCAGGACCUCGCAAGGCAAGUGGAAGACGUGUUGCAUUGUCAGAUGUCUCCCAGGAUCAUGGACGAGUUGUUACAAUGGGCAGAAGAGCUCUCGGUGUCCGACAUGGUCCCCUACAGUUUUGAGUUGCCGCCAUUUUUUCAGUGCCUGUACGAGACGCAGGAGGAGACCUUUGUCAAGCAGGUUCUGAGCCACCUGCUGGAAGCUGACUUGGAGGUUGGCGACCUGCAGCUCCAGGCGACCUCGUUCUGUCUGAGGCACUGUCAGAGGUUAAGUAAGCUCAGGCUUUCCGUCAGCUGCCUCCUUCCGCAAACAGAGUUGACCAGCCGUAGGGACACGUCAGGGACAAGGCUUGUCAGUUCCAAGACUUGCCAGUGGCAGGACAUCUGCUCUGUGUUCCACUAUGGGAACGUGAGUGAGCUGGACCUAAGCAACAGCAAGCUGAAUGCCGCAGCGAUGAGGAAACUCUGCUACGAGCUGAGAAACCCACGGUGCAAACUCCAGAGACUGACGUGCAAAUCGAUCACCCCUGUGCGGGUGCUGAAGGAGCUGGACCUGCUUCUCCAUGGUAACAUCCGGCUGACCCAUCUGAACUUGAGCUCUAACAAACUGGGAGUUGCUUUGUCCUUGAUGCUCUUUAGAACCUUGAGGCACUCUGAGUGCAAACUCAAGUACCUGUGCCUGGAGAAGUGCAGCCUGUCAGCAGCCCGUGCAGAGGAGGUGGCCUCAGUUCUCUCCAGCACCCAGCGGACAGCACGCCUGUGCCUGGCGUUCAACCAGCUCCAGGACAAGGGGCUGCAGUGGCUGUGUGCCUCCCUCAUCCUGCCCGGCUGUGCCUUACGGAGGCUGGUGCUCUGCUCCUGUGAGCUGGGUGCGCCCAGUGGCCGGCACCUGGCUGACGCGCUCCUGCAGAACCAGGGCCUGACUCACCUGAGUCUGAGGAGGAACCGCUUGGGCGAUGAGGGGGUGCGUUCUCUGAGCGAGGCCCUGAGCCACAAGGACUGCAGCCUGCAGAACCUGGAUCUGUCAGAGUGCGCGUUCGGGGAGGAGGGCUGCUGGGUGCUGGCGGAAGCCCUGGGGUGCAAUUCCGGCCUGAAGGUGCUGGACGUCGGGGGAAACCGCAUUCAGGACGCUGGAGGGAAGCGGCUGUGCGCAGCUCUGAAACGGCCCAGCUGCACCCUGAACACACUUGGGCUGGAGAGCUGCAGUCUGACUUCGGCGUGCUGCAAGGACCUAUCCUCGGCGCUCAGCGUCAGAAAGAGCCUGGUGAACCUGAACCUCCUGGGGAAUGACCUGGGGCCCGAGGGCGUCAACACGCUGUGGAAGUCUCUGCAGAAACCCUCGUGCAAACUGCAGAAACUUGGGUAA